ACACACACGUCCAUGAUGGUGUCGUGAUCGGGAAAACGCUAGAUAUUAUUAUAAUUUGUUCCUCAUUCAUUUAUGUAGCCUACAUACUUACAUUUUAGUGAAUAAUAUAAAUAGUGUGGCUGCAUUACACUGAAUUAAAUCGUUAUAAAUAAUAAAACCAGACAAUUGUUGCCGUUAUUCUAUACUUUGAAUUAUAAUAUAAGUAAUUAUAUUUGUCAUAAUAUAUAUAUACAUAUAAAUAUAUAGAUGAUAUUAUUGAGGAUUGAAUUCUUAAUCCUGUAAUAAUAUAGUUGGUCAUCGUACGGAAGAUCCAAAAAGACAAGAGUCUAUCGGAAGUUUAACUUAACGACAAUUGCGGCUGUAGAUUAUAUGCUUUAUUUUUUUUAUAUCACUAUUUAUUGCGAUACUUACUGUAAUAAUUAAUAGUUAUAAGAGUUACUUUUUUUAUUCAAAAUGGCAGCUACCAGAAGAUUGCAAAAGGAGCUGAAUGAUUUGAGAGCAUCGGCAAUGAAAAACUUUACGAACAUUCAAGUUGAUGAAUCCAAUAUUCUUAAUUGGCAAGGAUUAAUUUUACCGGAUAACCCGCCGUAUAAUAAAGGAGCGUUUCGUAUUGAAAUAAAUUUCCCUGCAGAGUAUCCAUUUAAACCACCGAGGAUAACAUUUAAGACUAAAAUAUAUCAUCCAAAUGUUGAUGAGAAAGGUCAAGUAUGUUUACCAAUAAUUACUGCUGAAAAUUGGAAACCAGCGACAAAAACUGAUCAAGUGAUUCAAGCGUUAAUUGCAUUAGUAAAUGAUCCGGAACCCGAGCACCCGCUGAGGGCGGAUUUGGCCGAGGAGUUUCUUAAAGACAAAAAGAAAUAUUUAAAAAACGCUGAAGAAUUUACAAAGAAGCAUGCGGAGAAAAGACGAGAGCCAUCAUCUGCGGAAUAACGUUGAUUAGUCGUCGUAUCUCACCUCGAUGCCUAAAAUAUAUAAAUACCGCAAGGAGAAAAUUUUGUUUUUUAUUUUUUUCUAUUUCUAUUUUUAUUUUUAAAUUCAAUCCAGUUCAGUUUUCUUUUCUUUAAAUUUAAUCGAAUAGUUAUCUAUCCCUCCCUCUCCUCGCUUCCCGUGUACAGUAUUGGUUAAUCGACGAUGAGCACAUGCUAAUUAUAAUAUUUAUAAGAUGAAGAAAUAAAAAAAUAAACUCUUAAGAGUAUCAUUAUA